CUGUGCUUCCGACCAGUGACAGUGACCACUCUUCUCAGUCUUCCUGUUACCUCCGACUUUCGGUUUGGUUUCCAGCUUUUCAAGGUCUGAGAACGACUCCCUGCGCCAUCUCGAGGUUUCCGCCUUCCAUCUGUCUACGCUGCUUAUCAUUCACGACUCUACGACUUCGAACGACCUCACGUAGCCAUCGACACGAUGGACUCACGGGAGCUGAUAGAUGCGCAAUUCGACCGCGCUGUGGAGAUCGUUCAGGGCUUGCCCAAGAAUGGCCCAAUACAGACCGGUUAUGAGGAGAAACUUACGAUGUAUAGCCUGUACAAACAAGCCACGGUCGGUAAUGUGCAAUCGCCGAGACCGAGCGUUUGGGAUAUGUUGGGAAGGGCGAAAUGGGAUGCAUGGGCCAAACAUAAGGACCUCGAUCCGUAUGAAGCGAAAUGGCUAUAUGUAGAGGCUUUGCUGAAGGUAUUGCGGAGGUAUUCUGACAAAACUGUGGCGAUGGACUUAGUGCGGGAAUUGGAGUCCUACACCGGAGACCCUUCAAAUAUCGUCAUGAGUGGAUCGCUGUCCAGGUCCGCUGGAUCCAGCUCUUCCGGGUCCACAGUCUCCGACGAUCACCCCGCUGCACCUUACCAAGCUGGGGCCCUGCCGCCACACCUGCGCCUCGGCCAGGGCUCGGGACUACCGGUCCCAGGGCACAUGCCUGAGCCUCGAACGGACGAGAGCAGCUCUGAAGAUGAUGAGGACGAGAAUGAUGAAGUUCCGCCUGUUCCAUCUGUCUACGCGCAGAGCCAACCGAACCGACCACAAUCCUCUAUGUCCUCGCGGCGAUACCGCACGCCGAUGGCAGGGUCCACAUUGAUAUCACCACCCCCCAUCAUCAUGAACGUGCCCGUUACCCAACCUCUCCCCGAAUUCCAGACGCAAUCAGCUUUCGCUGGACCGUCCGCAUCAUCUGGAUAUAACCAGAGUCUAUCAUCAUACCGUGACCGUACACCGAUGUCCCCACCCACCGAUCGAUCCUCCGAGCACCACCAUCCGCCGGUCGGGUACAGACCCGCUAGCCAGCAGCAGCAGCGCCGGCCAUACGCUGUCAUACCCAGUGUACAAAGACCACCUUCACGACCCUCGUUAGAACGAGCGAUCGAACACGUACAGGCUGGCCUGGCCGCUUUGACGGAACGGAUAGAGGCGUUGGAAGCCAUCGCACAACGUUCCUCGACGUCGUUCUCCCUACCGGGACGCAGCUCACCGCGCUGGGCCUCGGGUCAGGAGCAGGGUGUGGAAUGGGACUUCGACGACAUGGGCAUGUGGUCCCUCGUCCUCCAUCCCCUUGCCCACGCCACCACCCUCGCGAGAUACCUAGCUUCGUUCCUUGCGAACAGCCGGGGCCGUUCCCCAACGUUCAUCGUGGUCCGCCGGCUCUUUCUUGACAUAUCGUUCCUGCUUUGCCUGUUGGCCGUGAUGAAGGCGGUAUGGAGGCGGAGUGGGAUGCGACGAAGGGAGGUUCUUGCUGCGUUGACCGGGCUGUGGCGGGCUGUUGCUGGUCAGUCGCCGCCGCGGAGGCUGAUAGACCGAGGGGUAUAAAUGUUGUUUACAUGCUUGCGCUAUUCUUGAUUGCUUUGGAACCGGAACUUGCUCUUCGCGAAUCACACCUAUGUGA